GAAGCUACCAAAGAUAUUGGCGUGGACGUCGAUGGCGGCUAUGGCGAACGCGAGGCGCGACAACGAGGUCGCUGAAGACGUAGGGCGAGCACAACGUUGGGGUGAUGGUGGCACUGAUGACUGUAAGUCGUUGAUAAGAGCUUGCAUUGGUCCGAGUCCUGCGGCGAUGCCCCGGCAGACCGGUUUCACCAUACCCACAAAACAUCAUUGUGGUCCAGGAUUCACGGUUUCAUACACAAGGGGACUUUGAACGCCUUAUCAAGGACCAAAGGCAUUCGCCACCCUCGGCGAGCUCGUAUGUUCUCAAGUCAACGUCGCCUGAUUGACGCCAUGUUUUUAACAUGCAAUUCAGACAUUUUCCAUAUCCCCUUAUUCACGUACUUAUCGUUGGAAAUCGAUCUCAGAAGAGACCACAAGCAUAUAAGCACGCACAAGACUUUGCGCGUUCACUUCGUUCCCGACAUGACCGGCCAAAGCUAACCACAGUCACCGUUGGAGGGCUAAUAAGUUUCCCAUACAAGAUGUUCAGGUACAUGCGCAAGUGGCCAUAACAAGGAUAUAUCAAGCUCUUUUCAUUCCAAAA